UUUUUAACAUCCCUGAGUUUUUAAACGCUGUAAAUAAAAUACAUCAUUUGUAGUGAAAUUUAAAUACUAUCAUAUUUAUCUGUAAAUAAAUGAAAUGAGCGCCGGAAAUAUGUUAUAUGGUGGUGACGAGAUCGGAGCUUUAGUGUUUGAUCCUGGCCAUCACUCACUACGUGUUGGGUACGCGCAAGAAGACACACCGAAGGCGGAAAUACCUUCCGUGGUGGGAGUUGGACCAAAUACCUCAGACGCUAUGGAUCUGGAAGCAAAGACGGACAAUAAUAUAACUCAGAAUCAUAUAGAACCACAUAAAUAUUAUGUCGAUACCACCUAUAUAAAUGUACCACGCACGGAUACAGAGAUACAAACUUAUAUGAAAGAUGGCAUGAUCGAUAAUUGGGAUUUAUUUGAAAAAGUCUUGGAUUAUGCUUAUGCUAAGGUGAUACAAUCGGAACCGGAAUAUCAUCCUGUACUCUUUUCCGAAGCUUCAUGGAAUGUCCGUAAUAAUCGUGAAAAACUGACUGAACUUAUGUUCGAAAAGUACAAUGUGCCAGCGUUCUUUUUAGUAAAGAAUGCCGUUCUAGCUGCUUUUGCCAGUGGGCGAGCAACUGCUUUGGUUGUGGAUAGUGGCGCAACACAUACGUCCGCUGUUCCAGUUCACGAAGGCUACGUUCUUUCUCAGGCAGUUGUAAAAUCACCUUUAGGCGGUGAUUAUCUGUCUAUGCAAUGCCGCCAGCAUUUGGAAAAAAUGGGCGUAGAUUUGACACCUGUUUAUAAAAUAGCUUCAAAAGACGUUGUAAAAGAAAGAGAUAAUCCACGUUUCGUCUCUCGAAAAUUACCCGAAAAUCUAACACAAUCAUGGCAGAAUUACAUGUUGAAAGCGCUAUUACAAGAUUUUCAAAUGAACGUCCUACAGGUUUUGGAAAAUCCAUUCGAUGAGAGAGUUGCUUCUCAGAUACCGAUGGUCCACUACGAAUUUCCUAACGGUUAUCAUCAAGAAUUUGGUUCCGAACGUUUCAAAUUAGCAGAAAGUUUGUUUGAUCAUGCUCCUCUAGGAGCAGGACAAUUAGCAUCUACGAGUGUGGGUAUGUGCGAUGCCGAUGUACGUUUAUCUCUGUAUGGGUCCGUAGUUGUUACUGGUGGCAAUACCUUAUUGCAAGGUUUCCCUGAACGCCUAAAUCGUGAUUUGCAACUAAGGGCGCCUUCCAAUACUCGACUAAAAAUGAUUUCAGCUAAUGGCAGUGUAGAAAGACGUUUCGGGGCAUGGAUAGGUGGCUCAAUAUUGGCUAGUAUUGGUACAUUCCAACAAAUGUGGAUAUCUUCCCAAGAGUAUGAAGAAUCUGGAAAAGGUCAAGUAGAACGCAAGUGUCCGUAAAAUAAUCGCAAAUCAUAUACACGCACGUGCAAGUAAGCAAACCUAUACAAAUAGUAAGUUCGUUUAUAUUUUGUUCAAAAUUUGCA